UCAGUUGUUCGUUCGCUUUUCACGCUUGUCUCUGAACGCAGCCGCAUCGUUUUUGCCAUAUAUCUACUAUUACUCAGAAGCGUCUACGAAAAAAAAAGAAGAAAAAUAGACUGAUCUGAACAAUAGACAUUUAAAUAGAGUUCACUUUCGGCUGGCAUUUAAUAUAAUAUGCCUUCGCUGGGGAUCGCAACAAAGAUUUCAAUACUAUUGCUGCUGAUCUGUUUGGCAUCCGUGCUCUGUGUAUUCGCUUUGCCCAUCUUUGAGCCCAUCUCCGAUGCCUGCAAGGCCAUCGAUGAUUGUGAUCCCUUUCUGCCCGUCUGUGCAGCGCACUUCAACGAACAUCAGUUCUUCUACAGUCACUGCGAUAUGCUGCGAGAGAUAUGUAUAACGGGAAAAGAUUGGAAACCAGACUAUCUAAGCCAUUGCAAUGUGAGCAAACUCUGAUUCAAGCCAAACAAAUAGUUCCACAUCCAUAUCAAAUUACACAAGACUGAUGCUAGUUAUUAUAUAGUAGACUUACUUACCCAUAACAUAUCAUAGAGUGUAUUUGCUCUUAAGUGUUUUACAUUAAAUAAAACGAAACGCAGAAAGAAAUGUUCAACAAAAA